GAGGAGGCGACGGCGGUCGGUCCGCGCGUCCGUCCGUCCGUCCGUCUGUCUGUCCGUCCGUCGGUCCCCGCCCGCUCCCCGCCCCGCCGGUAUCACCCACCCCGCCCGCGCUCCAUGGCCGAUCCCACGCCGCGCACCCGCGGCCCAGCCGUCGCCGCGAUGCCGCAGAGCCCGACGCGCAUCUCCCGCCUGCAGGAGAAGGAGGAGCUGCGGCAGCUGAACGACCGCCUGGCCGUGUACAUCGAAAAGGUGCGGAGCCUGGAGACGGAGAACAGCGCGCUGCAGCUGCAGGUGACCCAGCGGGAGGAGGUGCGGGGCCGCGAGGUCACCGGGCUCAAGGCAGUCUACGAGGCGGAGCUGGCGGACGUGCGGCGGGCGCUGGACGACACGGCGCGGGAGCGCGCCAAGCUGCAGAUCGAGCUGGGCAAGCUGCGCACCGAGUACGAGCAGCUGCUGGGCAGCUAUGCAAAGAAGGAAUCUGACUUCAGUGGAGCCCAGGUCAAACUUCGUGAGUUUGAAGCAGCCCUGAAUUCUAAAGAAGCUGCACUGGCUACAGCCCUUGGUGAUAAGAAAAGUCUGGAGGGAGAAAUUGAAGAUUUGAAAGAUCAAAUUAGAGAGCUUGAAGCUUCUUUAGCUGCUGCCAAGGACCAGCUUGUAAAUGAAACCUUGCAGAAGGUGGAUCUUGAAAACCGUUGUCAGAGCCUCAGUGAGGACCUGGAAUUCCGUAAAAAUAUAUAUGAGGAGGAGAUCAAUGAGACAAGAAGGAAGCAUGAAACUCGGCUGGUUGAGGUUGAUUCUGGGCGUCUGAUUGAAUAUGAGCACAAACUGGCCCAGGCCCUCCACGAAAUCAGAGAGCAGCAUGAUGCACAAGUGAAGCUGUACAAAGAAGAGCUCGAAGAGACUUACCACUCCAAACUGGAGAGUGCCAGGCUGUCCUCGGAGAUGAGCAGCUCUGCAGCCAACACCAUCAGGGAGCAGCUGAACGAGAGCCGCAUGCGCAUCGACAGCCUGUCCUCCCACAUCACCAGCCUCCAGAAAGAGUCCAGAGCGUGGCAGGACAGAGCACAGGAGCUGGAGAGCAUCUUGGCCCAGGAACAGGAAAACUGCCUAAAAAGGCUGGCAGAAAAGGAGAAGGAAAUUGCAGAGAUAAGAAAUCAGAUGCAGGAGCAGCUGACUGACUAUGAGCAACUUCUGGAUGUUAAACUGGCACUUGACAUGGAGAUCAAUGCAUACCGGAAAUUGCUGGAGGGUGAAGAGGAGAGGCUGAAGCUGUCCCCCAGCCCCUCCUCCCGGGUGACCGUCUCACGCGCCUCGUCCAGCCGCAGCGUCCGCUUGGCCGGUGGCAAGAGGAAGAGGAUUGACGUGGAGGAGUCUGAAGCCAGCAGCAGUGUGACCAUUUCCCACUCUGCCUCUGCCACGGGGAACGUGUCUAUCGAGGAGAUAGACGUGGAUGGGAAGUUCAUCCGCUUGAAGAACACUUCUGAGCAGGAUCAACCUAUGGGAGGUUGGGAGAUGAUCCGAAAAAUAGGAGACACUUCUGCAAGUUACAGAUACACCUCAAGAUAUGUACUAAAGGCAGGCCAGACUGUUACAAUCUGGGCUGCAAAUGCUGGAGUAACUGCGAGCCCUCCCACUGACCUCAUCUGGAAGAACCAGAAUUCCUGGGGCACCGGUGAAGAUGUGAAAGUUGUGCUGAAAAAUUCUCAGGGAGAGGAGGUUGCUCAGAGAAGCACUGUGUUCAAAACAACAGCACGUAAAGGGGAGGAUGAGGAAGUGGAGGAAGUAGCUGAAGCUCUCGAUGAGGAAGACAUUUACCGUCAGCAGGCAGAGCAAAGGGCAUCCAGCAGAAACUGUGUGGUCAUGUGAAAUUCCAGCCACUCCAGGCUCCUCCAGCCGUGGUAAUCCCUACCUGCAGAACAGAGCCUUCUGAGAAGCACAACAUUAUUUUCCCAAGUCUGUGAAUUUUUAAAGCUGCGAGUCUGAUGGCCUUAAACCUCCUCUGCCACUGAAAAAAAAAAAAAAAAAAAAAAAAAAAAAAAGAAAAAAAAAAAAAGAGAAAGGAUUGUGACAAGCUUCCUCGCAAGAUGUGAGCUAGUAGCUCCUGACAAGGAGAAUUCAGAGUUCUGAGAAAUUCAGAGAAUUCGGAGUUCUGAUGCUCCUGUCUCUCUCUCAGAUUUAUACACCAGUCUCUCUUCAUGGAAACCUUGCUGGAGUAGGAAUAUUCCAGUGUGUUUUGGGGAUCGAUUUUUCUUAGAUUAUACCACUCCAGACUAGUUGCUACAACCUCUUUGUAUUUUAGGUGCUGUUGGGGAUUGGUUUAGAGUUUUUUAUUCUGGAAGAGGAUUCAUGUUACACCUUGUAGUUGUGUUGUUGAGCUAGUGUUAACGGCUUAAAUUUUCUUAUGUGGUUUUUUUCUAACAAAUUAGAAAGCUGUUUUAAUAUGAAUUGCCUUACUUGUUUACAAUUUUCAGUAAAAAAACGAAGUCUGUAGAGCUCUAGUCUACAUUUGUAUGGGAAACAGUUGUAAUUUUACCAAUGUUGAAAGUUUUUCUGUCCUUUUCACAUUAUUCCAAUGUCUGAAAAAAAUUGUAAUAAAGUAUCUAUGUCCUACAGAGUAAA